CGUCAGCAGAGCUCACGCGGGCCAGCGAAGGAACAAGGGAGGAGACAGACGGCCCCGUGAACGGCGAUGCGCGCUCCCGAUGAUAAACCUCUGACGCCUUCAUCCGGGAACUACUACGAACUCGUUCUCCAACAUGGCGGCGUCAGGUAAGAAGAAAAAUAAGAAGGGGAAGACUCUCACUCUGACUGACUUCCUGGCAGAGGAUAGUGGAGGCAGCAAUGUGCCACCCAGCUAUUCAGCCAAGUCCACUAGCUGGGCUGAUGAGACUGAUGACCUGGAUGGAGAUGUAUCAACUUCGUGGCAUACAGAGGAGGAUUCAUACCGAGCACCGCCCAUUGACCGCUCCAUCCUGCCCACGGCGCCUCGCUCAGCCCGUGAACCAAAUAUCGACCGAGCCCGUCUGCCCCGCAGCCCACCGUACACGGCUUUCCUGGGAAACCUGCCCUAUGAUGUCACUGAGGAAUCAAUCAAAGACUUCUUCCGCGGCUUGGCAAUUAGUGCAGUGCGUCUGCCCCGAGAGCCAAGUAACCCAGAGAGGCUGAAGGGCUUUGGAUAUGCUGAAUUUGAUGAUGUAGAGUCACUCCUGAGAGCCCUGAGUCUCAAUGAAGAGAACCUGGGGACCCGAAGAAUCCGUGUUGAUAUAGCAGAUCAGUCUAAUGAUAAAGAGAGAGACAGUUGUAUGGGAGGCAGAGACAGGGACAGGGGUGGACGGAUGGCAGACAUGGGUCCUGACAAGACAGACAGUGACUGGAGAGCUCGGCCAAGUGCAGAUGAUGAUGGACCUCCCAGGAGAGAUGAUGCCUUUGGAGAAAGAUCGCGGGACCGCUAUGAGUCAGAUCGUUACAGAGAUGGGCCCCGACGGGACAACGAUCGUUAUGAAGGAGGUAGAGACCGGUACCGGGAUCGCUAUGACGACCGAGACCGCAGGGAGCGCUAUGACGACAGAGGAGGUUUUGACUCUCGUGGCGGAGGAGGUCGUCGCGCCUUUGGCAGUGGUUUCCGGCGUGAAUACGAUGACAGUCGGGGUAGCAAUGAUCGUUACGGGGACCGGGACCGUUAUGCUGAUCGUGAGGACCGGUACGAAAGACGGGAGGAGAGGCGUGAGGAGAGAGGAGCUCCUCAGCAGAGACCCAAGCUGAACCUGAAGCCCCGUAGUGUGCCCAAGGAGGACGAGGGUAGCAGUGGGGGUGGUGGUGGUGGUGUUGGCGGCGGUGGUGGUGGUGGUACUUCCCCUGCUGCAGCUCAGCCCCCCAGCAGCAGAGCUUCCUCCAUCUUUGGAGCAGCCAAGCCGGUUGACACAGCAGCCAAAGAGAGGGAGGUAGAGGAGCGGCUGAAGAAAGAGGAAGAGAGAUUGCAGAGACAGCUUGAGGAAGACAAAAGCCGAGGACCUGAAAGAAAGAUGCGUGACAGGGACCCAAGCUGGCGCAAUGAGGAAACUCCUACUGAGCGAUCCCGCACAGGAAGUGAGUCUUCACAGCCUGGAAGCACUUCUGGAAGAGGGUCUCGGUGUCGAGACAGUGAGCGCUCUGGGGAGAAUGAGGUUUUCAGUGGGCGAGAAGGAGAUCCCUCCUCCCCAGUGUCUUCCUCUCGUCCCUCCUCUACCAGUUCAUCUAAGGAGCCACUGAAAGUGAUGCCAGCGCCACCUCCUAAGGAAAACGCCUGGGCCAAGAGAAGUGCCGCUUCUACAGCUUCUAGUGAAGGUGAAGGGAGACCUCCAGUUUCUCCUGUGUCCCCAGGUGGUUCAGCUCCUCCCAAGCUCAGCUCCCCAAGUUCUGCAGAUGAAAGAGGCCCUGGAAAGGAUGAGAACAAGGCUGACGGUAUGCGUCGGGACCGGGGGCCCCCACGGGCACGAGGGGGCCCUGCAGGGCCGGGAGCGGGGCGGGGCCGAGGAGAGGGGCCCAACAAAGACCGAAGAAAGGAGGCAGACAGAAAGGAUAACAGAAGAGACCGAGACUCCAGACCACCUCCAGAGCCAAAGAAAUACGAAGAAUCACCAACCCCUAAGUUCAGCUCAGCCAGUAAAUACGCCGCUUUGCUAAUGGACGGAGACCAAGGAGACGACGCUGAGGACGUAGAAUAGAGAGAAAAUAACAAGACCAGGGCUGCAAGCGCAAGAAGAGGCGAAAAUUAUGAAUGCAGAAAAAAAAAAUCUCACACAGCUUUUGAAAAAUCUCGUCACAUGAAGAGGCUCCAGGGAGGAUGUCACGCCCUCCCUCCUUCAAACCUGUCGUUUACUUUCAAAUCUCCCAGCCAUCCUCCCUCCCCUGUCCCACCUUCAGGACUUUUCAGGUUCUAAAGAAUAGUCACAUACUGGACUUGUUUUAAAUGGUAAAAGGAGUAGCUGGAAUAUGGAAAGUGAUGAAUAACAUGAAUUAAUUGUAAUAAAUAAAUGGAAAAAGUGGGGAAUAACGAAUUUGUAUGUUUGUGGGUCACAAAUGUGGCAAAGUUGACGCUUAUGAUUUUGCUUAGAACAGUGUUUCCACAUGAUGAUGAUGAUGGCUUGAUAAUUUACAUAAUUCCUACAUUAAAUGCACAACAUUUGUAUUCGCCCUCUGUAGUUAUUAGUAUUGGAUCUUAUCAUAUUUAAUCAUUAUAAUUAGCCAGAGUCCUGUCUUCCAAUACUAACAGUCAUCAUUGCUGAGACCUGGUUAAUUUAAAAAAAAAAAAAAACAGUUGUGUAUAUUUCAACUCCUUGACAUGUUUUCCAGUCUUUCAAGAGGUCUGUAUAAUUCUAUUGAUUGAGUUAAAAGCAAAGCUGAGACACAAAUCUCACUGAGAAUCCAAAUGCCAGUCUAUGCUCCCCAGUCAUUGUACAAAUGUUUCAAUAUUUCUACGCCUUCUGAUGAAAUGAUCACAUCCAUUAAAGGCUCGUGAAGGUCUUGCUUCCAGGCGUCUUAA